CUCGAUUAGCUUAGCUUGUUUCAGGUUAACCUCGCGAGCUCUGAGAAAUAGAUCAAACCAAAAACAUCGAUUCUGAUUUUUAUAAUUUGUUAAAAACUUCAUCAAAUGGACCGUCUGGCAUCUUUUUCAAGUGACCCAUUUGAUAAACCUCCAUGCAGAGGCUGCUCCUCCUAUCUGACCGAGCCAUACAUCAAGUGUGCAGAAUGUGGACCUUCAGCUGUUUUGCUGUGUUUGCAGUGUUUUACCAGAGGAUUUGAAUAUAAGAAGCAUCAGAGUGAUCACAAAUAUGAAAUCAUGACGUCAGACUUUCCUGUGCUGGAACCCGGCUGGACGGCGCAGGAGGAGAUGGCACUGCUGGAGGCGGUGAUGGACUGCGGCUUUGGGAACUGGCAGGAUGUGGCAUACCAGAUGCGCACUAAAACCAAAGAGGAGUGCGAGAACCACUACAUGAAGAAUUUCAUCAACAACCCGCUCUUCUCUUCCACCCUGCUCGGUCUGCGGAAAACUAAAGACUCUCAUUUUGCAGACGGAGCGAUUCCUUUUAAACCCUCUGAUGAUCCCCCUCGGCCCACAUUCGACUCUGUUUUGUCUCGAGACAUGGCUGGAUACAUGCCAGCCAGAGCAGACUUCAUGGAGGAGUUUGAUAACUACGCAGAAUGGGAUUUAAAAGACAUCGAUUUUGUGGACGAUGACUCGGAUAUACUGCGGGCACUCAAGCUUGCAGUCGUAGAUAUUUACCACUCAAGAUUAAGAGAGAGGCAAAGAAGGAAAAAGAUCAUCCGGGACCACGGUUUGAUCAACCUCCGCAAAUUCCAGAUGCUGGAGCGAUGCUACCCGAAGGAGGUGCAGGAGCUGUACGACAUCAUGAGAAGAUUCGCCCGAGUCGUCGGACCGACUGAACACGACAAGUUCAUCGAAAGUCACGCGCUGGAGUUUGAGCUGAGGAGAGAGAUCCACAGGCUGCAGGAGUACAGGAAGGCAGGGAUCAAAUCCUUCUGCAGUGCGAAGGUGUACGAGCGUGUGAAGCGUGUGCGCGAGGACGAGCGCAGGAAGAGGACCAUGCUGUGCGACGUGCUGCAGUACAUCCAGGACGGCAAGGCUUGUCAGCAGUGGCUCAGCAAACAGGCUGCCAUCGACGCCGGCGUCACUCCAGCUGUCACAACAAUCACAGUGUCAGCCACAGGCAGGCGGAGCGCCCCGCCCCUCAACCUCACCGGACUUCCUGGAACGGAGAAGCUCAACGAGCGAGAAAAGGAG